UUACGCCAUGCUACGACCUUGGUUAACUACUAUUUGUAUUGCUGUUCAUGUUUCGGUUUGGCGCGGCGCAUCGCGGUGGUUGGCAGGGAUCACCCGUGGCAUUAGGGAAUCAGGCGUCGGCGUCCUACUACAGUUUCCAUAUUAGAUGGUUUUAUUCUUUUCUGUGCAAAAAAAACCAUGGUCCCAUUUCGGCUUAUUGAACAUUCGGCGCAUACAGAGCAUGGCAUCCUUGGGCAUAUUGAUUGAAUGUUGCAUAAGAAAUGCAGCAAUAGCUGCGAGGCAUUUUCAUGUUCCUUUCCCAUUUCAAUGUUUUCUUUUUUUACUUUUUCUUACUUUUUCAAUGCCCGGUCCCAUCUCCCCCGACCGGUCCAUCCGGGGGAGAUGGGCCAAUAUUCUUUUUCACUCAUGUGUGUUUUUCAGACAAUGUUGGGUAGACCGAGACGCACCACACCCACCACAUCAAAAGGGACCUACCCCUAGAAAUAGUGGUGCGUCUCGGUCUACCCAAGAGAGAUGGGCCAAUUUCUUUUCACUCUCAUGUUUAUUUAGACAACGUUGGUAGACCGAGACGCACCACACCAUCCAGAUCCAAAAGGGACGUACCCC